AUGCCGCAGUCGCGAAAGGCCAAACGGAAACAGGUGCGCGAGGACAAAAAGCGCUUAAAAUUUAAGCAACAACGAAAAGAAUUGGCAGUCAGUUCAAGCGUUGCCAAUGUGUGCGGCAGAAAACCUGCGAAAGCCCCUCAGUCGAGCAAAAUUAGCAAUAAAUUUCACGAAUUUCUAGCAGAAGCAAAUUCUGCGGUGUCGAAUGCUGAAGAUCAAGAGAUUAAAGCGUUGGAAGCUAAAUUGGGACUUGGAUCGUUAUCUGCAAGCAAAUCGGCAUUGGCGUUGAAAAAGCUGAGAAAGGAGUAUUCGAAGGAUGGAUUGGGCGAAGACUUUGCUGAUUUUCUUUCGGAGCUGGAUAAUAUUUCAGAAGUGGUAAAAGGUCGACCGAAAGUGGUAAAUCACUUAGAGGAUUAUAAAGCAGAAGUUGGCCUUGGACUAAAUGACAGUAAAGCCGAUAGUGAGUUUGAAGAUUUGGAUGAAGAGACUCGCCAAGAGAUGGAACUUUUGCAAGCCGAAGAUGCCGAAUUUUUGAAAGGUAUGGAUGAGUUGCCAACUGAUGAAUCAGGGUCCGAGUCCGAGUCAGAAAAUCUUGAACAGUUUUACUCGGAUGAAGAGGAUAGUCAUGAUGAUAACGAAACUCAUGCAAAUACGCUGCGAAACCAGCAGCUGUCUGCUGUCGAGGGAGAUAAUGCGAGCGAUGGCAUUAAAGGCAAAGAAGAUCAAAUAAGUUCUGAGAUGGACAGUGAAAACAUGGAUCAGCUCCACAAAGAAGAAAAAGAUGACGAUGAAAGUGAUCAAGAGGAAAGUCACACGAACAAUGAAGGCGAAAGUGAAGAAGAUGAGGAGAAAAAUGUUGUUGUCGAAGAAGACAUUUAUGGUCGAGCUAUGAUUAAAUCAAGCGCUGGAAUAAAGCCAUCAGCGUACGUUCCUCCACAUCUUCGGCGUAAGCUUCAGCAUAAAACUGGAACUGGAGCUUCUACAACUGAAGAAGUCAAAUCUUUGCACAUGGACGAACAGGAAAUGCGUGAGCUAUCAAGACGCAUUAAUGGCCAAAUUAAUCGCAUCUCUGAGUCCAACAUUGAAUCCAUCGUCUUGGAAAUGGAAAAGAUCUAUCGAGCAAAUAGCCGAUCGGUUGUAAACGAAAUUCUUUUGGAAAAGUUACUUCAGAUCACCUGUCACCCUCGGCAGGUCAUGGCGUCACUAAUCAAAGUAGGUGGUGCUCUCUUAGCUGCUCUUUAUCACUGCGUUGGCAGCGAAGUCGGAGGAUUUUUUGUCGAAAAGUUGGUGCGCAAACUUGUAGAAAGCGCCGAAGAAGCGAAGAAACAGCUGAUUGAGUUUGCAGAACAAGACAAUGAUGUUGAAGACGACACUGGUAGAACGUCGAAAGUGCCAGUUAAUUUGACAGUGUUUGUGAUAAUGUUGUACAAUUAUGGCGUUGUGCACUGCAGCCUCGUGUACGAUCUUUUUCGAUCAUUCGUAGAUGGUUUUACAUCUACUGACAUUGAGCUUAUCCACCAAUUGCUAAAGAUCGGUGGCGCUCAACUUUGCUCAGACGAUGCCGAUGCUUUACAUCAAAUGAUUGCAGCUGUACAGCAUAAAGUGUUCGAGGCGCAAAAAGAAAAUUGUGACAGACAACCCGAUGAGCGUGUUCGCUUCAUCCUAGACCUCAUUUAUGAUCUGAAAAAGUCCCCAAAACGUUCCAAGGGGGGCAAAAGCUAUGCAAGUGGUAGUGCGCUGGAUAUUUCAUCGCUAAAGAAGUGGCUCGGUCGUGUGAAAACGCGAUGUGGUAAUGCUAACAAUCCGCUUCGAGUGUCGCUACAGGAGCUUUUGGACGCAGACGAAAAUGGUCGCUGGUGGGUUGUCGGAGGCACUUGGGUUGGUUAUCAGCGGCAGAAAUCUACCAGUGAUGAAUCAAAUGACAAUGUUACAAACGACGAGACUGAUCGGCUCUUGAAACUUGCUGAAAAACAGCGCAUGAACACCGACAUUCGCAAACAAAUCUUUGUGGCGCUUAUGGGUGCAACUGACUCUUUUGAUGCGUAUGAACGAUUAUUGCAAUUGCACUUGAAGGAGAAACAAGAGCGCGAGAUUGUGCGCGUCAUAUUGCACUGUUGUGGUCAAGAAACAAAAUUUAACAAAUUUUACCUUGUGCUUGCUGAAACAUUGUGCAAAAUGGACCCACGAUACAAAUUUACGUUUCAACUUGCAUUUUGGGAUAUUUUCAAAUUGAUGACUUCAUCAAAGCCACGAAAAUUGUUCAAUCAAGCUCAAAUGCUGGCUGGUCUUGUGCUGAGUAAUACGUUGUCGCUAUCGAGUCUGAAAGUGCUCGAUUUUACGCAAUUAGACGAGAAAAGUGUUUUGUUUUUACGAGUGUUGCUGGUAGAAAUUCUUAAAGUCGAGAGCGAGGUGGAAAUGGCAAAGAUUUUUCAUCGUUUAUUGCAGACAAAGAAGGCACAGCUUACAAUCGAUGGACUCGCAGUCUUCUUUCACCAAUAUCUGACGAGUUUUCGGAGUGAGUCGGAUGAUCAUACGAGGACAUUGUUAAAAAAACGUAGUAAGAGUGUGAAGAGCUUGUUGGAUCAGCUAGCAAAGACUCGACGUAGAAUUGAUUGCGAAAUAUAA